UCAGAUCAUCAGGUGGGGAAAGAACACAUUGCUACUUGCCAGCCACCUUCUCCAAGGAAAAGAGUAAAGAAGAAACAACAUAGUCCUAGAGAAGUCUUCAUGCCAGAAGUGCUCCAGGAGUCAUGGUGGACAAAUUCUGCAAUUCUACUUUUUGGAAUUCUUCAUUCCUGGACAGACCAGAUGCAGACCUGCCACUUUGUUUUGAACAAACUGUCCUGGUAUGGAUUCCUUUGUGCUUCCUUUGGCUCUUGGCCCCUUGGCAGCUUUUCCACGUAUAUAGAUCCAGGACCAAGACAUCUUCUAUAACUAAGUUUUACAUUGCUAAACAGGUGCUCGUUGGGUUUCUUCUUAUUCUGGCAGUCAUAGAGCUGGCCCUUGCACUCACAGAAGACUCUGGACAAGCCACGAUUCCUCCCGUGAAAUAUGUCAACCCGAUCCUCUACCUAGUCACAUGGCUCCUGGUUUUGCUGAUCCAGUACAGCAGGCAAUGGUGCAUACAGAAAAAUUCUUGGUUCCUGACAAUAUUCUGGAUUCUCUCGAUCUGCUGUGACACUUUCCAAUUUCAGACUCUUGUCCGGGCACUCCUACAGGACAAAAGUUCCAAUCUGGCCUAUUCCUGCCUGUUCUUCAUCUCUUAUGGAUUACAGAUCCUGAUCCUGAUCCUUUCAGCAUUCUCAGAAAAAAGUGACUUAUCAAGUAAUCCAUCAUCCACAGCUUCAUUUUUGAGUAGAAUUACCUUCAAUUGGUAUAACAGGGUUGUUCGGAAAGGUUACAAGCACCCUUUGACACUUGAAGAUGUCUGGGAACUUGAUGAAGAGUUUAAAACCAAACUGGUGGUGAGCAAGUUUAAAGUAGUCAUGGAAAAGGAGCUUCAGAAAGCUAAGCGGGCAUUCCAGAGACGGCAGCAGAAGUCCCAGCGGAACUCUGGCGCCAAGUCACAUGGCUUGGACAAGAACCAGAGCCAAAGCCAAGAUGUCCUUGUCCUGGAAGAAGCUAAGAAGAAAAAGAAGUCUAAGGCUACAAAAGACUUUCCCAAAUCCUGGCUGACCAAGACCCUCUUCAAAACUUUCUCCAUGGUGCUUCUGAAGUCAUUCAUACUGAAACUAGUGUAUGACGUCUCUAUGUUUCUGAAUCCUCAGCUGCUGAAAUGGCUGAUUGCCUUUGUGAGUGACUAUGACUCAUAUGUGUGGCAUGGAUAUGUCUACGCCAUCCUCUUAUUAGUUAUUAGUCUCCUCCAAUCUCUCUGCCUUCAGGCUUAUUUUCAAAUGUGUUUCAUUCUGGGAAUGAGUGUACGGACAACCGUCAUGGCUUCUGUAUAUAAGAAGGCACUGACCCUGUCCAACUUGAACAGGAAGCAGUACACCAUCGGGGAAACAGUGAACCUGAUGUCUGUGGAUGCCCAGAAGCUGAUGGAUGUGACCAACUUCAUUCACUUGCUGUGGUCAACUUUCCUGCAGAUUGCCUUAUCCAUCUUCUUCCUGUGGAGAGAGUUGGGACCCUCAGUCUUAGCAGGUGUAGGGGUGAUGGUUCUCCUAGUUCCAAUUAAUGGAAUACUUGCCACCAAGAAUAGAAAUAUUCAGUUCAAAAACAUGAAGUAUAAGGACAAACGUUUGAAGACCAUGAAUGAGAUUCUCAGUGGAAUCAAGAUCCUGAAAUAUUUUGCCUGGGAACCUUCAUUCGAAGACCAAGUCAACUAUCUUCGAAAGAAAGAGCUGAAGAACCUGCUGACCUUUGGUCAGCUGCAGAGUAUGAUUAUAUUCUUCUUACAGUUAGCUCCUAUCCUGGUGUCUGUGACAACAUUUUCAGUUUAUGUUCUGGUGGAUAGCAACAAUAUUUUGGAUGCAGAAAAGGCCUUCACCUCCAUCACCCUCUUCAAUAUCCUGCGUUUUCCCCUAACCACGCUUCCCAUGGUGAUCUCUUCCGUGCUGCAGGCCAGUGUCUCGAUAGAACGUCUAGAGAAAUACUUGGGAGGGGAUGACUUGGACACAUCUGCCAUUCGGCAUGUCUGCAAUUUUGACAAAGCUGUGCAGUUUUCUGAGGCCUCCUUUACCUGGGACCUGGACUCGGAAGCCACGAUCAGAGACGUGAACCUGGAUGUUAUGCCAGGCCAACUGGUGGCUGUGGUGGGUACUGUGGGCUCUGGGAAAUCUUCCUUGAUGGCAGCUAUGCUGGGAGAAAUGGAAAAUGUCCACGGGCACAUCACCAUCAAGGGCACUACAGCUUAUGUCCCUCAGCAGUCCUGGAUUCAGAAUGGCACCAUAAAAGACAACAUCCUUUUUGGAUCAGAGUUGAAUGAAAAGAAGUAUCAGCAAGUUCUGGAGGCCUGUGCUCUCCUCCCAGACUUGGAAAUAUUACCUGGAGGAGACAUGGCUGAAAUUGGAGAGAAGGGUAUAAAUCUCAGUGGUGGCCAGAAGCAGCGAAUCAGCCUGGCCAGAGCUGCCUACCAAGACUUAGACAUCUACAUUCUGGAUGACCCUCUAUCAGCUGUGGAUGCUCAUGUAGGAAAACAUAUUUUCGAUAAGGUCUUGGGCCCCCAUGGCCUGUUGAAUGGCAAGACCCGACUGUUGGUUACACAUAGCAUUCACUUUCUUCCCCAAGUGGAUGAGAUUGUGGUUCUGGGGAAUGGCACUGUCUUGGAGAAAGGAUCCUACAAGGCUUUGCUGGCCAAGAAAGGAGUAUUUGCUAAGAAUCUGAAGACAUUCAUAAGACAUUCAAGUUCUGAAGGGGAGGCCACAGUAAAUGACGGUAGUGAAGAAGAAGACGACGACUGUGGACUGAUACCCAGCAUAGAGGAAAUCCCUGAGGAUGCAGCCUCCUUGACCAUGAAAAGAGAGAACAGCCUUCAUCGAACUAUGAGCCGCAGCUCUAGGUCCAGUAGAAGGCAUCUGAAGUCCUUGAAAAACUCCUUGAAAACUCAAAAUGUGAAUGCCCUGAAGGAGGAAGAAGAAGUAGUGAAAGGACAAAAACUAAUUAAGAAAGAAUUCAUGGAACGUGGAAAGGUGAAGUUCUCUGUCUACAUAAAAUACCUACGAGCAAUGAGAUGGUGUUCGAUAGCCUUCAUCGUCUGUUUCUUCAUGAUGAAUUCUGUGGCUUUUAUUGGGUCCAACCUUUGGCUUAGUGCUUGGACCAGAGACUCUCUGAUCUACAACGGCACCAACUAUCCAGCCUCUCAGAGGGACAUGAGAAUUGGAGUCUAUGGAGGUCUGGGAGUAGCACAAGCUGUAUUUGUGGUCAUAGCAAGUAUGUGCAGUGUAUUCAGCUGCAACCAUGCAUCAAAAACCUUGCAUCAGCAACUGCUAAGCAAUAUCCUCCAUGCACCUAUGAGGUUUUUUGAUACAACACCCACAGGCCGGAUUGUGAACAGAUUUGCUGGUGAUAUUUCCACCGUGGAUGAAACCCUCCCUCAGACCUUGCGCAGCUGGCUGCUGUGCUUCCUGGGGAUAAUUAGCACCCUUGUAAUGAUCUGCAUGGCCACCCCUGUGUUCAUCGUCAUUAUCAUUCCUCUUGGCAUUAUUUACGUGGCUAUCCAGAUAUUUUAUGUGGCAACUUCCCGCCAGCUGAGACGUCUGGACUCUGUCACUAGAUCCCCAGUCUACUCUCACUUUAGUGAGACAGUAACAGGUUUGCCCGUUAUCCGUGCCUUUGAACACCAGCAGCGAUUUCUAAUGUCCAACGAGAAGUUAAUAGACAUCAACCAGAAAUGUGUCUUUUCUUGGAUUAUAGCCAACAGGUGGCUUGCAGUUCGCCUGGAGUUUGUUGGGAACCUGAUUGUCUUCUUUGCUUCCUUGCUGCUGGUUAUUUAUAAAAAUACCCAAACUGGAGACACCGUCGGCUUUGUUCUGUCCAAUGCCCUUAAUAUCACACAAACCCUGAACUGGCUAGUGAGGAUGACAUCAGAAACAGAGACCAACAUUGUAGCUGUUGAGCGCAUAAAUGAGUACAUCAAUGUGGAAAAGGAGGCAUCCUGGAUGACGGAUAAGAGGCCUCCAGCAGAUUGGCCCAGCAAAGGUGAAAUCCAGUUUAGCAACUACCAAGUACGGUACCGACCUGAGCUGGAUCUGGUUCUGAAGGGGAUCACUUGUCACAUCAAGAGCACUGAGAAGAUUGGUGUAGUGGGCAGGACAGGAGCUGGGAAGUCAUCCCUCACAAACUGCCUCUUCAGAAUCUUAGAGUCUGCAGGUGGCCAGAUCAUCAUUGAUGGAAUAGAUAUUGCUUCUAUUGGGCUCCACGACCUCCGAGGGAAACUGACCAUCAUCCCCCAGGACCCCGUCCUGUUCUCUGGAAACCUAAGGAUGAAUCUUGACCCUUUCAACAAAUACUCAGAUGAGGAGAUUUGGAAAGCCCUGGAGCUGGCUCAUCUCAAGUCCUUUGUGGCCGGCCUGCAACUUGGGUUGUCCCACGAAGUGACAGAGGCUGGUGAAAACCUGAGCAUUGGGCAGAGGCAGCUCCUGUGCCUGGGCAGGGCUCUCCUUCAGAAGUCCAAGAUUCUGGUGCUGGAUGAGGCCACUGCUGCUGUGGAUCUAGAGACAGAUCAACUCAUCCAGAAGACCAUCCGGGACGAGUUCUCCCACUGCACUGUUAUCACCAUUGCCCACCGGCUGCACACCAUCAUGGACAGCGACAAGAUAAUGGUCCUAGACAGUGGGAAUAUUGUAGAGUACGGCAGCCCUGAAGAACUGCUGGGAAAGUCUGGCCCCUUCUAUUUUAUGGCCAAAGAAGCUGGCAUUGAGAACAUAGACAACACAGCACUCUAGCAGCAAAUCGCAUGGGGGAGAAAAGGACUAUACAAAUCAGUUCUCUGUGUGUGCGCAGGCAUGUGUGUGAAGUUAUGUCAUGUGCAGAGCUAGGUAUAAAAUACACAUUUUUUAUCUAGGUCUGACUAUGUUGCCCAGGCUGGCAUCAAACUCUUGGGCUCUAGUGAUCCUCCUGCCUCAGCCUGUUGAGUAAAAAUGUACAUUUUAUGGAAUGAUAAGUGAAUACCCAUGUGCCCAUUAUCCAGAUAAAGAAAAUGAAUAUUAUUAGGAGCCUCAGAAACCCCUGAGUUGUCCCACUUUGAUCAUAACUUCUUGCCCGCCUCUCUUCCAGACAGUCACUCUCCUGAAUUUCAUGAUAAUUGUUCCCUCACCCUUUGUUUUAGUUUCACCACCUUUGCAUGCAUCCGUAAACAAUGUGUACCUUUUAAAAAUCUUAUCUAAAUAGACUCACUCUGCAUGGAUUCUUUUA